GGCGAAAUGAAAGUGAAAGUAAAGAUUAGCCUGAAGUCUGGACUCUGCGUUCGGCUGUCAGUGUGUGUGUGUGCGUGUGUGUGUCAGUGUGCGUGUAACAGUGUGUGUGUGAAGCAAGAUGGAGGGAUCCGAGUGUCCGCCUGUGACCGUGGAGGGGGACUGGACUCCGGCUCAGACCAAAGCCCUGAAGAACAAACUGCACAUUUACUUCCAGAGCAAGAAGAAGUCGAGCGGAGGAGACUGCCGGGUGGAGGCGGAGGAAGGAGCCCCGAGGGCGGCCGUUUACUUCCGCUCACCGGAGGUGAGAGAGCGAGUCCUCGCGAGGAAGAAUCAUGAGAUCAUCCUGGACAGUAAAACCAUCCAGUUGCGGCUGAGCUCAGAAGCAAGCCCAACGAGCAGCGACCGUGUCUCAGACUCAAAGACGCCUCAGGCUGAACCUGGAAGUGGAGCUGCUGCCAGCAAAGAGGACUCAGAGUCGUCUCAGAGCUGUGCAGUGGUUUUGGAAAACGUCACAGACGACAUGUCCACAGAUCUGCUCUCCAUGCUGGUGGAGAACAUCUCUGGGUUGGAUGAGAACGGCUACAGCAUGGAGAGGAUCCUGGAAUCCAACAAAGCUGUGGUCACCUUCAGCAGCCCUGCAGAUGUGGAGAGAUUCCUCUCUGUAAGUCAGACCAGCACAAAGAUGAAGAAGCAUGGACUGACCGCUGGGCCCCUAAAGGUAGCAACGAACAUCCGAGUGGAGAGUCUUCCUCCGACAGUGGUCAAAGACUCAGAGUCGUCUCAGAGCUGUGCUGUGGUUUUGGAAAACGUCACAGACAACAUGUCCACAGAUCUGCUCUCCAUGCUGGUGGAGAACAUCUCUGGGUUGGAUGAGAACGGCUACAGCAUGGAGAGGAUCCUGGAAUCCAACAAAGCUGUGGUCACCUUCAGCAGCCCUGCAGAUGUGGAGAGAUUCCUGUCUGUAAGCCAGACCAGCACAAAGAUGAAGAAGCAUGGACUGACUGCUCGGCCUCUGGAGGCAGCAACGAACAUCAGAGUGGAGAGUCUUCCUCUGACUGUGGUUAAAGACAUACUGGAGUUGUAUUUUGAGAAGACUUGGACUCAUCCCAAAAACAUCAUCAUGAUCCCAAAAGAAAAGGCUGCCAUCAUCACUUUCAGUGAUCCUAAAGUUGUGGAAAAGAUUUGUGUAAAGAAAGACCUCGAGUUGAAGUCUAUCACGGUGAAGGUAUAUCCAUACUAUGAGUCACUGGGAACCGCCUUGUACGGCAAAGAACGACCAACAUGGAAGAUGCCCGAGCCCUUCACAGAGCCUGUUCACCACAUUAUCUGGAAAUUCCUUGUGGAGAAGAAACUAUCCGAACACAUCAAUGAUCAGAUGCGUCCACACUUCUGCAGAGUGGAUUUGAAUGACCCUGAAAUGAAACUCAGCCCUGUGCCAGAGUUUUUGAGGCAGCAAGAUCUGACUGCAGAACAUGUAGAUAACUGGAUGAAUAAGGCCCAAGAGGCCUUCUGUCGCCUGAUGUCUCAGUACACAGCAUUCAUAUGUCACGUAAAUGCACCGGGAUGGACAGCUGCAGAGAAAGAUGUCCGUUCAGUUGUGAAAGAAGAUGCCAUCCUGGUGCUGGAUGCAUCCAAAGGAGUUCUGACUGUUGCUGGCCGAGCUGAUGAUAUAAAACGAAUCAGGGCUCCUGUGGAGAAGAUUCUUCUUAAAGCCAUGAGUCACAUUGAACGACAGACAAACAGCAUCUCUGAGGAAAUGAUUUUGUCCCCUGCAUGGUUCUACAUCCUGAAGCAGGAAGGGCUCCACAAAACUGCUCUGGACAUUUCCCCUGAGAUGAAACUCUCUUAUGAUGAAGGCACCCAGAAGUUAACCAUUACAGGACUUCCUGCAGAGGUCUUCAAGACUAAGGCAUGGAUCUCUGAGAAGAGAAUGAAUAUGAGUAAGAAACAUCAGAAUGUGCCCCCAUGUCUUCUAGACUUUCUCAGAAAAUUGGAUCCAAUGGACAUGUCCCAGGAUCUGUUCACAUCUCAAGGCAUCAGUGCAAUCUACACCAUUGAAAGCAAAGGACUUCUGCUGUUGGGGAGUUCUGACAGAGCCCUUGCUGAUGCAGAAAGUAAGAUGAAGGCUGCUUUGGCUCAUCAGAUUGUUGAUGUGGAAGACCAGAAAGUUCUAAAACUUCCCACCUGGGGCCACCUGAAGCAAAAGCUGCUGGAUACAUACAACCUAUCCAAGAAAAAAACUGUGGCCAUUCAGAUGCAUCCAGAAAGAAGAAACAAAAUAACAGUGGCUGGUUUUGUGAAUCCAGUGAAAGAGGUCAGCCAGAGUCUGAGGGAGUUCAUUGCAAGCAAUUCACAAAUCCAAGAAACACUUCGUGUCCAAUCCUGUGCUGUUGUUUCAUUUAUUAAAAAGAAAAAAUCAAAAGAAUGGUUAAGUAUUGCUAAAGAUAAUCAUGUAUCAGUAAGGUUUUAUGUACAGAAGCAGAGCAUCAGCAUCCUUGGUGCUCGUCUUCAUGUCCAGAAAGCCAAAUCCUGCUUUAUGGAACUGGCCAGUGCUCUUUUCACUGACACCUUAACUGUGGACAAGCCCGGAGCAAAGAAAUAUUUCCAAACCCAAGGAAGCAUUUUCCUGUCUACAAUAAUGACUGAGUUAAGAUGUGUUAUUCUCCUUCGUCCAGAGAUUGAAGAAGAAGAAGAAGAGGAAGUAGAGAAUUAUGGAGGAGAAAGUACCCUUUGUUAUUGUAAAGUGCAGACCAUCAGUGGAGUUCAGAUUUCUGUCAGUAAGGUGGACAUCUGCAGCUUUGGUGUGGACGCUGUGGUCAAUGCAGCUAAUGAGGACUUAGACCACAUUGGUGGCCUGGCUUUGGCACUGCUAAAGGCUGCAGGACCACAGCUGCAGAGAGAAAGCAGCGACUAUGUCGCUAAAAAUGGACGUCUACGUCCAGGUGACGCCAUCAUAACAGAUGCACAUAACCUGCCUUGCAAACAUGUUGUCCAUGCAGUUGGUCCACGAUUCUCUGACUUUGACAGGAAGACAGCAGUGUCACGCCUGAAGAGUGCAGUUAGAGAAAGUCUGAGACAAGCAGAAAUGGCCAACUGCUCCAGCAUUGCACUGCCAGCGAUCAGCUCGGGCAUCUUUGGUUUCCCUGUUGACCUCUGUGCUGAGACCAUAGCCCAGGCAGUUCGGGAGUACUGUGAAGGCCCACAAGGUCUGAGAUCAUUAACUGAGAUUCACCUGGUGGACAACAAUGAUAGCACCGUCAGAGUCAUGGCUACAGCUGUGAGCAAGGAGUUCUCUGACCUCGGACCUACAAUGACCAUCCCACAGCAAGCAGGCAGGAAACGAACAGGAGCUUCAGGUGGACAUCAGCGGGGUCGAGGCAGAGGCAGAGGUCAGAACCAAUCACAUGGUGCCAGCUGGUGUAAUGAAAAACAAGAAGAAGGAAGGGGAGGUGGAAGAGGAAGAGGAGGUGGAAGAGGAAGAGGAGGUGUAUUCCGGGGCAAUCAUCACGGUAACAGGGGAGGCCAGAGCCCCAAGCAACAAAGCAGCCACAGAGAGCAUGGAGGGUUGGAGCAGACCAAAGCUGAGGGGCUGAAGAUCAUUUUAUGUAAGGGAAACAUUCAGGACCAGACUACUGACGUCAUCGUCAACACCAUCUCAGAGGACAUGAAACUGAACCAGGGAGCUGUGUCCAAAGCCAUCCUGUCAGCAGCUGGAAGCCGUCUGCAGGACGCCAUCUACUCUGAAGCCCAGAGGUCCACACUGCGAUACGGUGAUGUUGUCGUCACUGACGGCUACAACCUCACGUGCCAGAAAGUCUUUCACGCUGUUUGUCCUUCCUGGGACAAAGGAGGCGGCCAGGCAGAGGAGGAGUUAACGUCCAUCAUCAGAUACUGUCUGGUGGAGGCUGAGAAACGUCAGAUGGCAUCGUUGUCCUUCCCAGCCAUCGGGACAGGAAACCUGAGCUUCCCCAAAGCCCUGGUGUCCAAACUCCUGCUGAGGGAGAUCCGCUCGUUCAGCAGCAGCAGAAACCCUCGCUGUCUGAGAGAGGUGGUCAUCGUCGUUCACCCCAGUGACAGCCAAACUGUGGAUUGUUUCACCAGAGAGUUCACUGUUCAGACCGCUCAGAGGAACGUCCAACAUGAAGCACGUGGUUUUAAUGAGGUACCAGCUCAACAGGCUGUCGACCAAUCACAGCACUCCUCAGUCUUGUUCACCUCCCUCGAUGUGCACCAGAUGCAGAUCGAUCAACUCACCCUUCAGGCAUCAUCAGGUGACAUUACCAAGGAAGCCAGUGAUGUCAUUGUCAAUUCCUCCAAUCAGAGCUUUAACCUUAAAGCAGGAGUGUCCAAGGCGAUCUUAGACGGUGCUGGAGUAACAGUUGAGCAGGAGUGCGCUCAGCUCGUGAGUUCCACGGCUCAGCCUCCUGCAAUGAUCCUGACAUCAGCCGGGCAGCUGCCCAGCAGGAACAUCGUCCACGUCGUCGGCCAGAACGACCCUGCAAGCAUUAAAAACACGGUUUACUCAGUGCUGAGGGUCUGCGAGGAGAACAAGUUCAGCUCUGUGGCCUUCCCAGCUCUGGGAACAGGUCAGGGAGGGGCCAGCCCUUCAGCGGUGGCUGACGCCAUGGUGGAUGCAGUGGUGCAGUUUGUGAAGAAGAAACAGCCGAGGUUUGUUCAGAGUGUGAAGAUCCUGAUCUUCCAGACGGCCAUGCUGAAACAUUUCCACACGAGCAUGAAGAAGAGACAGGGAGAGACGAUGCAGGAGAAGAGUGUCGUUAGCAAAACUGAAGCAGAGCAGCCAAUCGCUGCUGACUUAGUCCUGGAGAGGGAGGAGUUUAAGCCCGUAGUGCUUCAGCUGUGUGCCGAUGACCACAAGGCAGCGAGUCAGGCCAAGAAGAGGAUUACUGACCUGAUUAUGACUGAGCAGGCACAGAAAACCAUCUCUGACCCCUGCAUUAGUCAGCUGUCACAGGCUGACAUGGAAAAGCUGAAGGCUCUGCAGAGAGAACUGACGGUCAGCAUCUGUCUGGACAAAGGAGCAGAGGACCAGGACCCGGAGAUCCACCUGGAGGGUCUGACCAAGGAUGUCUACACUGCUGAGUCUACAAUCAGGGACAUCAUCCGUAAGGUGGAGCGGGCGGAGGCCUUGAUGAAAAAGGCCUUGGAGAUGAGUGAGCAGGUGGAAUGGCAAUUUAAGGACCAUAAUGGGUCAAUGGUGGCCUUUGACAUGAACACCAACCUCACCCUCGAGGAAGCUUUCAAGACAAAACAAAAAGCAAAGAUCAAGAUCAACAAUGACGCGUACACCGCCGACCCAAAGCGUGAAAAAGCAGUUUCAGCAAACGGACGUAAUGACGUGGAGCUCCAUCGAAAAGACCUGAGAGGUACCAGCGCUCUGCCUUUGCCUUCAUGUUGGGAGGACAUGAAGGGCGACCUGCUGAAGUUGUUUGCUGUGGCUCCAGGAUCUAAUGAAUACAACGAUGUGGAGAAAGAACUGACGAAGACCGGACUCAACCCAACCAUCAUCAGUAUUGAAAGAGUCCAAAAUCCGUCACUGUGGCAGAAUUACCAGAUCAUGAAGAAACAAAUGGAGGUGAAGAACAAACACACAAACAAUGAAAAGCUUCUGUUUCACGGCACCACGGACACCUCCAUCCAUCUGAUCAACAAACAAGGCUUCAACCGCAGCUACGCAGGAAAAAAUGCUGCGAUCUACGGCAACGGCUCUUACUUUGCUGCGGACCCUGCAUAUUCAGCAGGAAACUACGCCACGCCCGACACCAGUGGACACAAGCGCAUGUACCAGGCCAGAGUUCUAGUUGGAGACUACGCCCAAGGACAAAAAGGCAUGAUCACCCCUCCUCCCAAAUCUGGGAGUGCCUCGGACCUGUAUGACAGCGUCACAGAUGACACUGCUAAUCCAACCAUGUUUGUAGUCUUCAAUGAUAUCCAGGCCUACCCAGAAUACCUCAUCACAUUUACAUGAAGAGCCACGCUCCCACUGUGCAACAUGUCUGGGAGUCGCGUGUUUUAAUUUAACUUCAGUCUAUUAACUCUGUCAGAUAAUAUAAAAUACUGUACGUCUUUGAAGGGGGCGCUGUUGCUUUCAUUUUUCCUGCUGCAGGUGUCACUUUGUACUUUAAAUCUAAUCAAAUGCAGUUUAAAGGAGCAUUAAAGUAACAAUACAACAAUCAG